AUUUUAAGGCUAAUCAAUUGGUCCAGUUUUUCACAUAAAGAAGAAGGCACAGAGGCCAUCUUCUCUUCGCAGGGCCAGCGAAAAUGGCGUCCUCUUCCUCCGCCUCGCCGCCUCUCCUAGCUCGCCGACGCCACCAACGCCAGGAGCCAGCCAUGGCCGCAUCGUCCCAAAGGCGGUGCAGGGGCAGGACGGAGAAGCAGGGGAUUAUGCAGAGGUGGGCUGAGACGAUGUCGCUGUGUUGUGGUGUGGAUUGCGGGUGGUGUGUGCUGCAGCUGUGGCACAAGGUGGUGCUGCGCAAGUGGCUCAACGUCGGCUCCGGGUCGGGGGACUCCGACUUCAGCGCCGACGAGUGCGGCACCAGCGACGGCGGAGACAUGGACCAGAAACCAUAUGGUGAAGAGAGGAGAUUAGGUGGACUUGGCGCAGGAACAAUUGGUGAUGAAAUUAAAUCUAUGCCUUACAGGCUUAGAAGGCGCAAAUCAGAGACCCUUCGUGCUCACUAUAUUGACACGAGAGAACUCAGGAUUUGUGUAGGGACGUGGAAUGUUGGAGGUAAAUUUCCACCCAGUGACUUGAACAUUCAAGAAUGGUUGAAUAAGGAGGAGCAAGCUGAUAUUUAUGUUUUUGGAUUUCAAGAAGUUGUUCCACUAAAUGCUGGAAACAUAUUUGGUGCUGAGGAUAACCGUCCAAUUGCAGUAUGGGAGCAAAUCAUUCGUGAAAAUUUGGAUAAGAUUUGUCCAAAUAAACCACAGUAUAAAUGCCACAGUGAUCCUCCUUCACCAUCAAGGUUUAAUCCAUCAGAUUAUGUUAUUGUGAUGAAAGAUGAGUUGCUUAGUGAGUCUGAUAGUGACAAUUAUGGGGAGCUUCAUCCAUUGAUUCAACAAAAUGCUGAUAAAGUUAUUAACUGUACUGGAGUUCAUGAUAAAACAUAUGAAAACUUCAGUUCUGCUUCCAAUGAAAGAUUUCAUAAAGGCAAGGACUUAGGCAGGAUGGAUUCAGUGAAGACUUCUGAUCAGCCCCACAAGUUAAGUUAUGGAAAAGUCAGAUCAUCAAAUCUGGAAGAGACAACCAACCAAAGAACGCUAACCAAAUUACUCUGUCACUCAGAAAGGCUUGGAAUUAUUUGUCCUGAACAGCCAUUGGAUAUGAUGGCUCAACAUCUUCAGGCCAGUACUUCACUUAAGGAUCUAGCAACUCCAGUGUCUUUGAAAUCGACACAGAAGAAUUUUAACUAUUUUUCCAAUGAUGAUUUAUCUCCUGAAGUUAACAGGGACGAUGGAUUGAUUAGAAGUAAAAGGCCAUAUUUUCUGCGGAUAGUAAGCAAGCAGAUGGUAGGAGUAUAUCUUUCAGUAUGGGUUCGGAGAGACUUGCGGAAGCACAUUCAGAAUUUGAGUGUAUCAACUGUCGGUGUAGGUGCAAUGGGUUAUAUGGGCAACAAGGGGUCAAUAUCAGUCAGCAUGUCUAUACAUCAGACACAUUUUUGCUUUGUAUGUUGCCACCUGACUUCUGGAGAAAAGGAUGGUGAUGAACUGAAAAGAAAUGCAGAUGUUGAAGAAAUCCUCCGAAGAACAGUUUUUAACCCACUCCCUGGACUUAGCAUGCCUAAGGCAAUACUUGACCAUGAAAGGAUCAUUUGGUUAGGAGAUCUCAACUACCGAAUCAACCUAUCAUAUGAAAGAACACAUGAAUUUAUCUCCAAGCAAGAUUGGGAUGGAUUGUUUGAGAAGGAUCAGCUAAAAAGAGAAUUGAGCAAAGGACGAACUUUUGAUGGUUGGACUGAAGGGGUUGUCAGCUUCCCUCCAACAUACAAAUACGAGUUUAACUCAGAAAACUAUGUAAGUGAUGAACCAAAAUCUGGGAGGAGAACACCUGCAUGGUGUGAUAGGAUUCUUUCACGAGGAAAGGGAAUCAGGUUAAUUUCCUACAGGAGAGGAGAGCUUAAACUUUCUGAUCACCGUCCUGUGACUGCAGUCUACACGGCAGAUGUUGAAGUUCUCUGCCAUAGAAAGUUGCAGAAAGCUCUAACAUUUACGGAUGCAGAGGUUGAGUACCAUCUGGUAACGGAGGAAGAAAGAACUUGAGUAAAAAAAUGACUGCAGGCAAAUUUUCAGCUCAGGAUCGCUGAAUAACCACCAUGCUGGUUUUUUUUUGGAUAUAGUAUAGUCUCUAUUUUCAGCUCAAGGUCGCUGAAUAACCACUAUGGCAUUGAUUUACAAUGUAUAGGUUUCUUUGAAAAUUGUGUAGGUUUUUUUCAGAAUUGUUUAAUCUGUACACAGUUGAAAUCUUGUAAAUAAUUACGUGCAACACUUGUCAGUUUUGA